AUGAAUCCACUGCUGCGCAAGGGAUUGAGAAAGCAGAUCGAUGACUCUGAUCUUUCUGCCCUCCUCGGCCUGGAUCGAGCCAAAGAGAACGGGGACGAGCUUUGGGCGACCUGGCAGAGAGAGCGGCAAGGGACGGAAGGCUCCCUUUCCUUGUGGAAGGCCAUCGGAAAGGUCUAUGGUCCGUCUUUCUGCUUCGUCAUUCCGCACAGAAUGGCAGGAGAUCUGCUCACGUUUGUAUCUCCUCUCCUGCUGCAACAGUUGUUGCAGCUGAUUGAGAACGGAGAGAUGGCGGAGAGAGGAGGGAUGAUCGAUGCUGUCCUCCUCACUCUCUGCAUCUUAUUCUGCAAGCUCACUGAGAGCAUUCUCAUUCAAAACUACUUUCAUCAAUGCUUCCGCGUGGGAUGGCGAGUCAGGACGGCUACUGCAACCAUGGUGUAUCGGAAAAUCUUCCGACUGUCAACACGAGGUCUUCAUCUCUUCAAGACAGGACAGCUGGUGGACCUCGUUUCUAUAGAUGCUGUUCGACUCUGCGUUGCAGCGGGAUACCUACAUUAUGCCUGGAGCGCGCCAAUGAUGGCGAUCAUUGCGAUUAUUCUCUUGUACAACCUGCUGGGCUCCUCAGUCUUUGCAGGGUUAUUCAUCAUGAUUGUUCUCUUGCCUAUCAACACUUACGUGAUCAAGAAGAUGCAGUUACUCAACAACAAGCUGAUGGAGGCAAAGGAUCGGCGAACAGAGAGCAUGGACGAGGUUCUUCAUGCGAUCCGAGUCAUCAAGCUCUUCGCAUGGGAAGAUUCUUUCAUGGAUAAGGUCCAGAAGCUGAGAGAAAAGGAAAUGCUCUUGUUGCGGACGGAGGGGGUUUGGGCGGUGGCUUCAAGCUUCGUGUGGAUCGGGUCUCCUCUUCUGGUGUCUCUGGCAUCAUUUGCUGCUUUCACUUGGAGCGGCAAUGAGCUGAAACCUCACAUCGCCUUCACUGCCUUGUCACUUUUCAAUGUGUUGAGAAUGCCUCUCUUCGCGAUCCCGCAGGCAAUCAAUUUCUUCAUUGCUUGCAAGACAGCAAUCGGACGAAUCCAUCCGUUCCUGUGUGCAGACGAGGUCGACCCCUGCUACUUCGAGGAAGAGCUAGGAGCAUCGGACGAAGAGGAGAAGCAUCCCACAGUUGUGUCCAUCAAGGGAGGAGAGUUUUCAUGGUGCAAGUCUAAGAGGACGUUGCAUGAGAUCGACUUUGAGGUCAAGCAGGGUGAAUUCGUCAUGAUAUGUGGAUCAGUCGGCUCAGGCAAGACGUCGCUGCUCGCUGCUAUCUUGGGGGGGAUGUUGAAGAAAGAGGGUACUGUAAGGCUCAAGGGAAGCGUAGGCUACUCACCUCAGGAAGCUUGGAUCAUGAACGCGACUCUUCGGGACAACGUUUUGUUCGGGAAGGAGCUCAAGCUCGAUGUUUACGACUCAGUGUUGAAAGCUUGCUCCCUCGACAAAGACAUUGAAAUGCUCCCAGGCGGAGAUGCCACAGAGAUUGGUGAGAAAGGAAUCAACCUGUCGGGAGGACAGAAAGCGCGGAUCGCACUGGCUCGAGCAUGUUACAGUCAGGCCGACCUUUACCUUCUCGACGACCCUCUUUCUGCCGUCGAUGUGCACGUGGGUAAUCACAUCAUGUCUCAGUGCAUCGGCGGCCUCCUCGCAGGGAAGACCCGCAUCCUCGUGACUCAUCAGGUGCAGUACGCCGGGUUCGCCGAUAGAGUUGUCUUCCUCGAGAAAGGAAGAAUCAUCGCAGCUGGUCGCCCGGAAGAAGUGAGGGCUGCUCAUAGCUCAUGGUUUCAGGUAAAGCGCAAGAGUGGAGAGGACGUGGAUGCAGCAGAUGCGAAAGGAGACGCAGGAGAAGGGGCUACGGCUGUGGAUUCAGAAGCUGGAGACGAGAAGGAAACGCCGCCUAGUAAAGGGGCUGAAACGAAGAACUCACAGACAAUCCAAGCAGAGAAGAGGGAGGAAGGAGCACUAAAGCGAAAGAUAUGGAAAGCCUACGCCAAUGCGAUGGGCCUGAAGAUGCUGAUUUUUCUCACUUCAUCCUACCUCAUCUCUCAAGCCCUGCAGAGUGCGAGCGAUUUCUGGUUGAGCAUUUGGUCCUCCGCUGUGAUUGCCAGCGAGCCGCCAGCUUCCCGCCGAUCACACGGGCUGUGGCUUCUGCUUGGCAGUGAACACUCUCUCCUUGAGGUGACAGGAGAGGGGAGGAUGGCGGCGGACUCAGCUUACUAUCUUAUGGUUUACUCGCUACUCUCCUUGAUCGCAAUCGUGGGGAUCGGAGCACGAGCUCUUGUUGUCAACUUUGCGGUGAUUCGAGCAGCCAAUCGCCUUCACUCUCGCAUGUUGCGCUGCAUCGUUCACAGUCCAGUCCGCUUCUUCGACACGACACCCAUGGGCAGAAUUCUCAAUCGCUUUGGAGCUGAUCAGUAUGCAGCCGACAAAGAGAUGCGGGAGAGUCUGGGUCAGCUUCUGCAGACGAUGAUGAAGGUCUUGCAGGUCAUUGUCGUCGUCAUGCUUGUCACUCCCACCUUCGCUGUGAUUUUCCUGCUCGUGGUCCUCGUCUACUAUAGAAUCCAGCGAGUCUACCGUCAGUCCUCGCGCGAGCUCAAAAGGCUGGAGUCUGUCUCCAAGUCGCCUCUACUUGCCAAUCUCCGCGAGUCCAUGGGAGGGAUCGACACCAUCAGGGCCUUCAAGAUGCAAGCGACCUUCGAAGAGACCUCGGACCGAUGUAACGACGCCUACACCCGCGCUUACGCUAACUCCAACACUGCGAACCGAUGGCUAGGAGUCCGUCUGGAGUUCUUGGGCAACAUGAGCGUCUUUUUCGCAGCGCUCUUAGCGGUCCUGCAGAGCGCGCAAGACAGGACGUCGGCUGGACUGAUCGGGUUGAGCAUAACCUACGCGCUGGAAGUGACGCAUGCUCUCAACUGGUUUAUUCGAGGGUUCAGCCAGCUGGAGACGAACUUGGUCUCUGUUGAGAGGAUCGAUGAGUACUCGGUCUUAGAGACCGAGCCCAUUGACGAGGAAGGGACUCCUCAGCCUGCCUGGCCAAGCUCUGGGGCAGUUGAGUUUGACAAUGUCGAGAUGAGGUAUCGACCUGAACUAGAGCUGUCGCUCAGAGGCGUCACGUUUGCGAUUGGAGGGGGGGAGAAGCUGGGAGUGGUGGGAAGGACAGGGGCAGGCAAGUCCUCCCUCGCUGUCGCCAUCUUCCGGAUCUGUGAAUUGUCGUCCGGCAGGAUAUUGAUCGAUGGGGUGGACACGUCAACGAUGAGCUUGAGGGAGCUUAGGUCUAAACUUGCGAUCAUCCCUCAGGACCCUGUUCUCUUCUCCGGUUCGAUCCGCUACAACGUCGAUCCUUUCCAAGAGUACAGCGACGGAGAGGUGUGGGAAGCGCUGAGAAAGGUUCACCUUGACGAGUACGUGCGGCACUCGGAGGGAUCCGAGGGUCUGGAGUUGCAGGUUGCGAGCGGGGGAAGCUCGUUGAGCGUGGGUCAAAGGCAGCUGCUGUGCUUGGCCCGAGCGCUGAUGCGGAGGUCCAAGGUGAUGGUGAUGGACGAGGCGACAGCAAAUGUGGACCUCAAGACUGAUGAGGAGAUCCAAGAGAUCAUCCGCGAGAACCUGCAGGGAAGCACAGUGAUCACAGUCGCUCAUCGCUUGAACACAGUCAUGAAGAGCGAUAAAAUUCUGGUGAUGUCUGCGGGAAAAGUCGGAGAGAUUGGUGAUCCAGGAGAACUGAUUGCAAAUGAAGACUCACUGUUCUCGAGGCUCUGCAAGGACACCAAGCUCAACAAAUAA